GUGUAUGUAAUGAGCGAGUUGAAUUCAUAUUCUACAUUCGCAAACAAAACUCGAUAUAAUGUUUAACCAAUCGUUUAGAUAACAGUGUACUGUUAAACAUGCAUGUCAAUUAUUUUAUUUCCACAAUUUUAAGCUGGUGUGUACUCGUAUUUAUGUGGCUUAUGUAAUGUUACUCGCAUUUUCAAAUAAUAAACAUGUGCAUAUAAUAUGAAUCCAUCUGUUUAAGUACUACAUAUGUGACUUCUAAGAGGAAGAAUUAUGUCUUUGGUUUUAUGGGAUUAUAUCUUUAUGUCGAAGGUCUACAGUGGAUCCUAUUUUUCAACGAAGAACCGUUAAAGUGUGACCAAUCAGGAGCAUGAUCAGGAAAAUAAUAUUACAAGUAAUGAAAUAAUUGAGCUUAUACAUUGUUCCAAUCAAUCAGUGCGAGUAAAAAAAGGUGCUCAUCCGAUAAAAUAAAAACGAUCAUGACAAUAAAAACAUCUUAAGAAAGUACUUCCCGUAAAUGAGGACACAUGCUUAAAUUAAGCAGACUGUAAAAUCCACGUUUUGAAAGUUAAUUACUGAAGGCAAGAUCUCAAGGAAGAUUGCUAUGCAAUGGAAGGAACAACGGAAAUAUUUAGUUUCAUGUUCGCACCAUAUGUAAGUUGCAUAAAGUCUUGUAUGCUAUUCGGCCAUGUCUUAACAGGAUUGAUUUGCAUUGUAACUAAAAGUUUAGUUACGUUUGUGUUCGUUACUGACGUCAUUUUCUGGAUAUGUGCUGUCGUCUUUACUUUCGUUGGAGCUGUGCUAGUAGUUGUCGUUGUUAAGGAAAUAAUUACACAAAACGAAACUAUUUUAUUCCGAAUUUUUCUAUUGUGUUUCGUCGAAGCCUAUCAACGUGGAGGAGCAUUUGUUUACGUGGUGUAUAAUUGUGUUCACCCAAUUGUGGACAUUCUCUUACCAAUUUACCUUUGUGUUUGUGUUUUACUGGUAGCAUGGCAAGUUUUGUUGGCAGUCCUGAAAAUAUAUCGAUCAUAUUAUGUAAAUAGGGUAUUCGUAGUAAAUGAACUCCCUCAGAGACACCAUAAUCAUGAUGGCUCCCGCGAAGUUAUUAAUGAUGUAGAGAUAACUGAUGUAGAUAAAAAUACAGUGAUUACUGAUGUAGAGAGGGACAGCGAUAUUAAUGAUGUAGAGGGAAACACAGAGUUAAAUUAUGUAGAGAUUAACACUGGCAUUUCUGUCGGGGAUAACACAGAUAUAACUGAUGUAGAGAGGAACACAGAGAUUAAUGCUGUAGAGCGAACUACAGAGAUUAAUGCUUUAGAGGGGAACACAGAGUUUAAUGCUGUAGAGGGGAACACAGAGAUUAACGCUGUAGAGCAAACCACAGAUAUAAAUGCUAAAGAGCGGAACACAGAGAUGAAUGCUAUAAAGGGACAAACAGAUAGUAAUGAUGGAAAGACGGAGAUAUCUCCACUUCACGACGACGUUGACGCACCCAAAGAGUGUUUGAUAUUUGCUUAGGAAAGUAUAUAAUAUAAUUUCUAUGCACAUAAUUUCUUCUUCUUGUUGACAAUUUCGUUUUGACAGGUUCCUGUUUUGUUAAUUCGUAUCAGUGUGCUUUGUGUAUUUUCUGAAAUAUAUCCGGAUAUUAGCACAAGGUGUAUCAUAAUAUUACUAUCGAUUUACAUAGUUGAAAUAUUUAAAUAGUGUAUGUGCGCUUCUGAAUUCGAAGUGCACUGAAACAAAUACAGUGCUUGAAUAAAUGUAUUCUAAAUAUU